AUGGGCCCGCUGCGUGACCACCUCGACCGGCACGACGAGUGGCUGAAGGAGCUCGAGGCGGCGAAGGGGAUCGACAUCGGCGAUUUGAUGCUGCUGCCCACGCUGGGCGUGGGGACGUUCGGCAGGGUCCGGCUGGUGGAGCACAGGGAGACGGGCAAGGCUUUUGCGCUGAAGAGCAUGUCCAAGUCGCGCAUCGCCAAGUAUCGGCAGCAGUCGCACGUCAGGGACGAGUGCCUGCUGAUGCGCCAGAUAUCCCACCCGUUUUGCGCCAGGCUCAUCAAGACGUACAGGGACGAGCUCAAGGUUCACAUGCUCCUCGAGGCGACGCUCGGGGGCGAGCUCUUCCGCUACCUCGACACCCAACCCGGGGGUAAGUUUCCCGAGGACUGGUGCAGGUUCUACGCCGCGUGCGUGGUGCUCGCGCUGGAGCACAUGCACUCGCAGGGCAUCGUGUACCGCGACCUCAAGCCCGAGAACCUGUUGCUCGACAGGGACGGGUACAUCAAGGUUGUGGACUACGGCUUCGCCAAGAAGGUUUCGAAGGAGAAGACGUACACGGUGUGCGGAACGCCCGAUUACAUCGCGCCGGAGAUUAUCAGUCGACGCGGGCACGAUCGCGCGGUGGACCUGUGGGCGCUCGGCGUCCUCGUGUACGAGAUGGUCACCGGUUUGCCCCCGUUUUCCGACGAGGACACCCCGGAUAAGCAGAUUUACGAUAACAUCAGCAACCUCCGGUAUCAGUCCCCACGGGGCGCGACGGUGGCGUGCAACUCGCUCAUAAAGGCGCUGCUGGUGAAGACGCCCGGUAAGCGGCUGGGGUGCGGGCGCGCGGGUCUGCUGGAGCUCAAGCGGCACGCGUGGUUCGGGGGACUGGACUGGAAGGCGCUGAUUCGCAAGGAGAUACCGGCGCCGGUCGUGCCGGUGCUGGAGCACGACAAGGACACGAGCAACUACGAGAAGUACGUGGAGAAGGACGACCCGGAGCCUGCGAUGGCGCCGGGGACGUCGGACGAGUGGGCGGAUGUCUUUUAA